AGAAAGACGAAAAAGCCCAAGUUAGUAGUGUAAGCUUAAAUCAAUUUUUUUUCGUUUAUAGGGUAAAAUUGUUGGGGCCCUGAUCGAUUGAUUUCCCUCCCUUUGCCAGAAAUAUGGGUUGGGAGGAACAUCCAGAUUCUGAUGUUGAUUCUAGUCCCCAUAGCUCCAUUUCGGAUGGUUGGUCUCCUGAUUCACCCUGCUAUCCUGAACAAAAGGCAUCUCAAGAGGAUAUCGAGCGCCAAAACACUAAAUCUUCUAUGCAUGCAUUGGCAUACUACAACAAGAAACAUGCCACUACUUGUCGUGUUUUAGAUGGUGCUAAAACCAAAAGUGGUUGUCUGUUGUGCAAAGAAGGGGAACAUCCCACCCAUGGGUUCAGGAAUGGGCUUCACGAGUAUAAACCACGCCCUCUACGUCCUCGUUCUGGCAAGGCAAGGCAUACAGGCUCCCGCACCCGUAGUAGGCUCACAGUGCUUAGGUGGCGGCAGAGGUCGAGUGCACAUGCUUUGUCGUUCGAGGAGAACCAAGGAGGAUACGACCGGGUCCGCCCUGGGUUCGAGCGGAGAAGGAUGGUUCCCUUGCUUCCAGAUCUUAUUGACAAGGCUCAAGGGGCCUUUGUUGAAGGAAGUUAUGCUUGGACUUGGCUUUCCUCUCAAAUUUGUUGGCGUCAUCAUGGAAUGCAUCACUUAAACUUCAUCUUCUAUAUCUCUGUUAAUGGGAACACACAUGGGUUCUUUAAGAGCAGGCGUGGCCUUCGGCAGGGUGACCUUAUGGCUCCCACUCUAUUCAUUUUCUGCAUUGAGUACCUGUCCAGUGAAUCUGGUGAUCUCCGCUCGCUGGCUGGGUGCGAAGUUUUGCAGGAGAGAAAUAAGAGAAGAGAAGGAGACGGCGAAGAAAUGGCGCAACUCCCAAAUCUCGACAAUGCUCCCAUAAUCCUCACCUCCAUAAGAGAUCAAUCGCAGAAGGAGCUCAUGAUAAUUUUGAAGAACGUUCGAGGGCAGAAGUGUUUGGUUAUUGAUCCUAAGCUCAGUGGUUCACUCUCACUUAUUGUGCAGAGCUCAAUACUCAAGGAGCUUGGGGCUGAAUUGCGGCACCUUACAAGUGAACCAAUCCAAACAGAUUGUACUAAAAUUGUUUAUCUUGUUCGAGCUCAGCUUGGCUUGAUGAAGAGUAUUUGCUCAGACAUUCAUAAUGAUAGUUCUAAGGGGAUUCAAAGAGAGUAUUUUUUGUAUUUUGUUCCUCGCCGUGCAGUUGUAUGCGAAAAGGUACUCGAGGAAGAGAAAGUCCAUCACUUAUUGACCAUAGGCGAGUAUCCCUUGUAUCUACUUCCUCUGGAUGAAGAUGUUUUGUCUUUUGAACUCGAUACUGCAUGCAGAGAAUUCACAGUUGAUGGAGACACGACCUCUCUUUGGCAUAUAGCAAAAGCCAUUCACAAGCUUGAGUGUUCCUUUGGUGUCAUACCAAAUGUGAGAGCCAAAGGGAAAGCAUCUGUCCGUGUUGCUGACAUUUUAUAUAGGAUGCAAGACGAAGAACCAGUGAACAUCACCGAUGUUGUUGUGCCAGAGAUUAACACUCUCAUCCUCAUUGACAGAGAGGUGGACAUGGUUACACCUAUGUGUUCCCAGUUAACUUAUGAAGGGCUAAUGGAUGAGUUUCUUGGUAUCAAUAAUGGUGCUGUGGAGGUUGAUUCUUCUAUAAUGGGUGCCCAGCAAGAGGGGAAGAAAAUGAAGGUUCCUUUAAAUUCUAGUGACAAGCUAUUCAAAGAGAUACGGGAUCAGAAUUUCGAAGUUGUCGGUCAGGUUUUACGUCAAAGAGCAACAUCUAUGAAACAAGAUUACAAUGAGAUGCAAACAACUAACCAAACUGUUUCUGAAUUGAAAGACUUCGUUAAAAAACUCAACUCAUUGCCUGAAAUGACAAGGCAUAUACAUCUUGCUCAGCAUUUAAAUAAAUUUACAUCUAAACCUUCAUUUCUUGGGCGGCUAGAUAUGGAACAUACUAUUGUGGAGUCUGAAAGUUACGAUAUAUGCUUCGAGUACAUCGAGGAGAUGAUCCAUAAACAGGAACCUCUUGUCAAUGUUCUGCGCAUUCUCAUAUUAUUUUCGAUCACAAAUUCUGGAUUACCAAAGAAGAACUAUGACUACUUAAGGCGAGAGCUACUUCACAGCUAUGGUUUUGAGCACAUUGCUACAUUAAACAAUUUGGAAAAGGCGGGAUUGUUCAGGAAGCAGGAAUCAAAAAGCAACUGGAUAACUAUUAAACGUGCUCUUCAGCUUAUUGUGGAGGACACUGACACUGCCAACCCCAGAGAUAUUUCCUAUGUCUUUUCUGGAUAUGCACCUCUCAGCAUUCGCCUGGUUCAGCAUGCAAUCAGAUCUGGGUGGUAAUCUCUUUUUUUAAGAGCUCUGUUGGAUAGUAUUGACCAUAUUGCUGUAUAUAAUUUUGUAGUUACUGUAAUUGAAUUAAUGUUAGUGAUUUUUUUGUUAUUUUAAUCUGCACUAUAAUCUUAUAUCCGUCAAUGGAGUGUAAAGAGUCAUUUUUGACAAUGUUUUAGCUUUGAGUAAAGAAUGGAUUAAAUCAAAAUGACACAUUAAACUUCUCUUGCUUCUUACUUUCUAUGAAGUUUUGGGCAGUAAAUGCAUCAAUGCAUCAAGGGUCUAACGGAAACAACCUCUCUGUGUUUUCCAG